AUGGGAAAUUUAAAUUUCUCAAAUCUGAUGAAAUUCUAUUUUUCAUUGUUUAUCUUUUUAUUUGUUUAUAUAUCAAUAGACAACCACAAUCACUUUAUCUAUUCUAAAAAGAUAGAAGUUAUUCACAAGAAUGAUAAAACAAAUGAACAACUAGUAGAUAAAGAUGGAACUGGUUUGACUGCAACCUAUCAACUAUUAAAGAUUCUCAAUGACAAACCUCACGAUGAAUUGCAGUUGGCUUGUGAAGCGAUGCAGAAUUCAUUGUUUUCACCAUUAAAGUGUGUCAAUCAUACACUUCGUGCUGAAAGAGAAUCAUCUGGUCAACUAAGAGUUGGUCAAAGACUCCGUAAAACAAUCAACACCAAGAGAAGUGGUCCUGUAGGUGUACUUGGUGGUGCUCUUAAACCUAUUAUUCUUGUUCCUGGUAUUGCUGGUAGUGGACUUGAAGCAAAAUUAAACAAAACAAAGGUACCAGCAUUUUAUUGUACAAAGAAUCAAGAUUGGUUUAGAAUUUGGUUAUCAUUACCUGAAUUGUUGGUUCAAAAGUGCUGGUUUGAUAAUUUGGCAGUAGACUUUGAUGCAACGACUGGAAAGUUUUCAAAUACACCAGGUGUUGAAAUUAGAGAGAUUGAUUUCGGUGGUAUUCUAGGUGUUGGCUAUUUAGACUAUAAAUUCUCUUUUCCAAUUGGUAUCACCAAUGUCUAUGGUGAAAUGGUUGAAUUCUUUGAAGAUUUGGGUUAUGAAGUCGGUAAAAAUAUUAGAGGUGCUCCAUUUGAUUGGAGACUAUCGAUUCAAGAGCUAGAGAAAAGAGGUUGGUUUGAUAAAUUCAAAUCGUUGGUUGAAUCAACCUAUGAAAUGAACAAGCAACAAAAGGUUGUACUUGUAGCUCAUUCUAUGGGUGGUCUAUUGUCAUUAUACUUUUUAGAUAAAAUAGCUACUGAUCAAUGGAAGGCUAAAUACAUUGAUUCUUUUAUUCCCAUCGCUGUACCUUGGUCUGGUUCUCCAAAAGCUCUUAGAACUGUUCUAUCAGGUGAUAACUUUGGUAUUGGAGUGAUAAAUAAGGAUUAUUUAAAGAAAUUUGCUCAAGAAAGUGGAGGAGUCAUUCAAUUGAUUCCUGACCCUAUUAUCUGGUCAAAAGAUAAAGUAUUUAUCACUGCAAAGAAUACCAAUUAUACUUUAGGUCAAACUACCAAUCUAUUUAAUGAUCUUGGAUUAAAGGAUACAACAUUAAUUUAUAAUUCAAUUUCAUCAGUAACAAGUGAAAUGAAACCAGGUGUAAAUACUCAUUGUAUUUAUGGAUAUGGUAUCAAAACUGAAAUAUACUAUGACUAUAACGAUGGAUUCGAUGAACAACCAAAGAUUUAUGAGACUGAUCUUGGUGAUGGAACUGUGCCAUUGGAAAGUCUUCAAUUUUGUAACCAAUGGAAGAAUGAUCCUGAACAUGUUGGAAUCAUUCAAGUCAAAGAGUUUGAUCUCUUACAACAUCGAGAUAUUAUUGCCGAUUCUGAAGUAUUUGAAUAUAUCUUUCAAUAUAUUAUUAAUCGUUAA